AUGAAGAUCAACACCUUGAUUCUCCUCGCCCUGGGGUCUCUUCGUGUAGCUGCCGAUUCAGAUUUUGGCGCAACCUGUCACGACAUUUCUGUAUCUCAGCCAGGUGGUAAUGCCAACUAUCCAAAAGACCGCUUUUCCUUAUAUGCAUGGUGUCGCAAAGAAAAGGGUGCCUGGAGCGAGUCCUUUCUCAAUCUCAGCAAAUGUAUUGCUAAUGACGGUGGAAAUCUGGUUGCUCGAGAGAAUGGUGGCAUGGGAGGGAGUUGUAGGGAUAUGCGCUUGAGUGGCACUGUCCUGCUUUCUAGAUGCGUCAACAACAAUGGUGGAACGACAGAUGCCUCUAUUGACUUGAACCGACUCGUUGGAAACCGGAACGGUGCUCUCACUUGCUUUGGCGCUUCACACGCUUCAUAA